GCGGCGGGAAACCCCGGGCGAUGCGCGGCUCUGAUUGGCUGGCCCGUCCCGUGCCCCGCCCCGGGAAGGUUCGGGGGUGGAAGGUCGGGGCGCCUCAGGCCCUGGUGCGAAGGUUCCCGCGGCAGCUGGGCUCCAGGGGAGGGCAGAAUGGGUUUGGACUGGAUAGGCUUUGGCUAUGCAGCAUUGGUUACAUCAGGUGGAAUAAUUGGCUACGCAAAAGCAGGUAGUGUCCCAUCUCUAGCUGCUGGUCUUCUCUUCGGGAGCUUAGCUGGACUGGGUGCUUACCAGCUGUCUCAGAAUCCAAAAAAUGUGUGGCUUUCUCUGAUUGCAUCUGGAACACUGACUGGAGUUAUGGGAAUGAGAUUUUACAACUCUGGAAAAGUCAUGCCUGCAGGAUUAAUUGCUGGUGCCAGUCUGUUAAUGGUUGGGAGACUUGGACUGAAGAUGAUUGAAAAGCCCCAUGAUCCAUAAUUGUGACUUAAUGGGUCAAUAGGAAGCCUGAAAAUGCAGCUGCCUGAAUAUACAGAGAGUACACAACUGUUCUUACAUCAAAUAACUUUUUUUUUUAAGAUGGGGAAAUUUGAUGGCAUGGGUAAAUGUUAAGUGUACAAAAUAUCAUUUGUUUCAGCAGUCAAUAUUUAUCCCUACUUUGUUCUGAGAAGUUGGGUUAGUGUUAGUUUAAAUUUCUCCUAAUACAUCUUUCAUUAACCACUCCCAUUUUGAGCAGUCCAAAAAAAAAAAGUAUAGACAACGUAUGAGGGCUAGGGAACUGGUGCCUAACAUCGUGAUAAAGACAAUUCCCACUGUGGGCCAAUAGGAGUACUUACUUGGUCAAAUACAAUACAAAUCUGUAUGGUUACUCUGCAUGCAAACUAUCAGAAUGCUUUACCUGACUGCGGUUUGGCUGUAAGAAUGUCUAACACCAACUGAAUAUUUUAUUGCAAAAUUAUGUUAAGCAAAAUGUCAUUUAAAGGAGAUUGAUCUUUAUACUAAUAAAACCUGAGAAUUUAUAUUGCAAAACUAUAUCCUUUAUUGGGCAAGUCUGGAUUGGGGCAGGUUUGUGCCCUUCCUGUGGCUUACCUUUUCUUAAGAAAAUCUUUUCAGUGCACUGUUCUCCAAAUGCAGUCUUUGAUCAUGUAAAGAAAGGUAACUUUUUAAAUGGCGGGGAAGAAGACAGAAUUACGUGUGUACAUUGUGUUAACACUGCAUUAAAGACUCUUUAAAAAAGAAA